GCGAGGCCGGGUGACAAUCGACGUGUUCCAAACACCCCACUCCCACUCCUGGCGCUCUACUUCGAAACUGGUGUUCACCUCACCGACAGACGAAUAGACUAUCCACAAUGCCAACAGAACAAUACGUAUCUCAUCUGCCUCCCGAGCUUUGGGUCAAGAUCGUCGAGAGCCUACCGCUUGACGCCGCCCGCACUUGUCUAUCAGUAAACAAGCUCUUUCACGACGUCGCCCUCUCCACUGUCUUCGCGCGCAUCGCGCUCGGCCUCGGCACGCUUGAGGCGCAUGAUCUUGCGCCGGAGGGCUUUCCUCACAUCCGCGCAUCCUUGCGUCUUGUAGAGGAAAGGCGGACGCGCCGCUCACUGGAGAUCCUCGAGCGCAUAGCGAGCGACCUGGCGUUUGGACGGGUCGUGAAGUCGUUGCAGGUUCAAGCAUGCAAUGCGGAUGAUGUAAGUGAGGCGGCAGUCGCGGUGCAGAUCGAUCGCCUACUUGCUGCCAUUCCCUCCCUCAAGAAUCUCCGUGUGUUCCAGUGGCAUUGGUCCUGCCCGAGACCGACUGAGAACAUAGUCCAGAAACUGGCAGAGUCAUGUCCUCUGUUGGAGCAAUUCGAGGCGCCACUCUUCUCGUGGCCAAGUCUCCCUGUACAGCUGCUCCGGAGCGUCAGGUCGAUCCGCACCACAGUGGGCCGCGAUGACCGCGAUGAGCUCUUCAACAUGGCGGAUCCCGCGCCCGUGCUAGAAUCUCUGUGGGAGAAGAUGCAGUGCCCUCUUCCUGGCGUGGACGGCGUCGAAUCGUGUCUUCUCGAUAACAUAACUGAUCUGGAGUUGCUCUUUGAAGAUGCAUAUGCGCCGAGGGACCUCCAAAACAUCGUGCGCAAGGUUCCAUGUUUGGAGUCGCUUACCAUGGUGCCACUGCAAUCCAUGGAUGACGAGCCGCAGGAAGAGAUGUAUGGCGCAUUACAGGUGCUGCCGCUCAACCUGCCGUCCUUCGAUUCCCUCGCGAUCGGACCUGAGGACGAGCGUAUGACGCCGCCGCAGAUCGACGCGCUGUGCAGCUUCCUGAAGGGCAGACCCCGGCUGCGCAGAUUUGUGACGAAGUGCAACCUCAAUGCUGCAGCCGCGGAGCCGCUUUUCGAGGCGUUGGCCACUCUGGAGAAUCUGGAGGUGCUUGGGCUGUUUCUUGCGUGUGAUGCCACGCCGACAAAGGAUUGGAUACACCGUCUUGUGGACCGCCUCCCUACCAGCCUGACUGCCCUUGCCCUGGACUUUGAUCGCGGGUUUGCGAACAAGGAGACGUUCGCCGAGUUGUGGGCCCGGCUGCCCGCGCUCGAGUUUGUGGACGUCCAGGUGCACGGUGCGGCGGUCCUUACGCCGAACCAGUUCAUCCGUGGUGCCCGUAACCUGCGAAUCGUAUCCUUCCAAGACCGUUUCUAUGAUGUGGAGAGGCACGAUGGCGAGCUGCGUGUGGUGAUGCCACCGUGGCCCUCGAAAAAGGUGCACUUCCGAAUGGUAGAAGACUUCGGGUGCGCGGAUUGGGAGUGGUUGAUGCGACAGUACACGUUCUUCGACUACAUGCCGGCGCAUUUCUGAGACCUUGAACACUGCCUUUGUGCCAUCUCAGAAAGCUGCAGUCUGUAACUUACCGUAAUCAGAUUUGAAGCUGAUCCCGGCGGGGAAAGGCCUGGACCCGAAC